CGGAAGUGUAGCUGUUGUAUUUCUGAGUCGCUUGACAAUGUUCUCUAAAACCUGCAAAGGAAAGCGAGCUGGGUGCUGAGCAUCAUCCUGGGGAGGGGGAGUCGAGAUGUUUACUCCUUCUGAUUUUCUGGAACAGUAUUAGCCACACCGCCGCCAUGCCGUAGACAACCCGCCCGGCGUUUAGAUGAAGCCUGACGGGGACUACAGCAGCGAGGAAGCGGGGUGGCUGUAACCGAGGGAGGGAGGAUGUACUGGGCUGCUGGCUUCGCCUCUUCCCGGCCGUGUGUGGUUGAACUCGGGCGGAAUCACAGCCUGCCCCUCGGGCUGUGCGGCUCCGAGCAGCAGCAGUCUUUGUAUGGCUAUAUCAUCGCCUUCCCUUUGCAGGACUACGGAGGCAUCAUGUCGGCUCUGGGCUCGGACUCCUGGUGGAAGAAGACCCUGUACAUCACCGGGGGGGCCCUGCUGGCUGCUGCAGCCUACCUACUGCAUGAACUGCUCGCCAUCAGGAAGGAGCAGGAGCUGGACUCUAAAGACGCCAUCAUCCUCCAUCAGUUCUCCAGGCCAAAGAAUGGCGUGCCCAGCCUCUCACCCUUCUGCCUCAAAAUAGAGACAUACCUGCGCAUGGUGGAUCUGCCCUACCAGAACUACUUUGACGGGAAGUUGUCGCCGCAGGGUAAGAUGCCCUGGAUGGAGUACAACCACGAGCAGGCUUCAGGGUCCGAGUUCAUCGUAGACUUCCUGGAGGAGAAGCUGGGUGUCAACCUCAACAAGAACCUCACCCCGCAGGAGAGAGCCGUGUCCCGAGCUGUCACCAAAAUGGUGGAGGAACACCUCUACUGGACAAUAGCCUACUGUCAGUGGGUGGACAACCUGGAGGAAACUCAGAAGCUUCUGGCAAUGAGUGGCCCUCUGAGCGACACACUGAAGUGGCUGCUGAGCCACCUGAAUGGCAGCAUGGUGCGCAGGGAGAUGUACGGCCACGGCAUUGGACGCUUCUCUAAGGAAGAGGUCUACGCACUGAUGGAGAAGGACAUGAGGACACUGGCCACACUGCUGGGAGAUAAGAAGUACUUUAUGGGCUCUAAGAUGUCGACAUUAGAUGCCACAGUGUUUGGGCAUCUAGCCCAAGCUAUGUGGACUCUGCCUGGGACACGACCAGAGCAACUCAUCAAAGGAGAGUUGAUCAACCUGGCCAUGUUCUGCGAGCGGAUGCGGAGGAGGUUCUGGCCCGAGUGGUUUGUGGAGGUGGAGGAUCUUUAUUAUGACGGAGACAGUGAGAGCAGCAGCGGCGGCUCUCCUACAGGCCUGCUGGACUUUGGCCUCUUCUCCAGGACUGACACUCUGGACGACAGCGACGCCAGCAGCCACUCUGCCAGACACACGCACACACACUCCCCUGACUCUGACCACUCGCUCUUUGACUCGGAUGUGGGCACGGGAUCUGACAAUGACAUUCAGCUUAAGGAGGAGUUAAUGCCUGACCUGGAGGUUUGACCUGAGAAUUGCCGUGAUUGGCUGACAGAUUGAGAUUGACAGGAGGCUGGAACUGUGUUGGUUAGCUUGAAAAAUCUGGCAUCCUGAACUUGUUGCCAGACAACAGCUCUCGCAGCUGAAGAAACUAUUCCAGCCCCUCCACCUCUAAUACCCCAAAUGAUAUACCUUCCAGAUGGACAGACUGGGUAUUGAUAUGCAGAGCAUACAAACUGAACCUCAUAAUACACAUGCUACUGUAUGGUUUGUCCCCUCCUGUAUUGUCAUAACUGUCCACGUGGCAGUUUCUCUUUGCCUUAUUUGUCUCGUCCCAAGAUGUAGAAGCUGGUGUGAAAGGUUAACACAAAGGAAACAUCUCAUCGUAUGAAAAGCGCAGAGAUGUCAGAAUAGUGUUGAAGACAAGACAGGUGGCACUUCACUUGCUAUGAAACGAUGCAACUAAUCACCACUCUGCCGUGUGUCUUAAUGCACAAACCCAUACAAACAUGUGGAGAUUGAUCAUGUGGCUAAAAGGAACAGCUGCUGUGCCUCGGCUGUUAACCAUCCGUGUGCUGGAGAGGAAACGCAGAUGACAUUGAGUGCCAGAUCAUGCUCUAGAUUGAUCCUCAUGUCAUUUCCUUUAUGCUACUGUAUGUGGGAAGAAUCUGUAUCAAAACAUGAUAUAUGUCUCCAUCAGACCACAACCUUAAAUGUACUUGUAGGCCCAUGGGAUUAGAAGUUAGACGGAAAGAUGAGUAGAUUUGUUCAUAUGUUUCAUUUACCGAUUAUUAUUCUUAUUUCUCUCCAUUUAGUAAUUAUUUGCUUGCACUUAUUGUGAAGUUGGAGCUUUAAAUCAUUUUAACAUCACUUUGGUAUAGAGCUGUAAAUUGUAUAUUUGACCACUAGAUGGAGUCAGCAGUCAGCCUGAUGCCUCCUUUAUUCUGUAACAUCAAGGUCAUUCCACCCUGAGGACCUGCAGUCCAUUUAACACAGCAAAUUAUUUCUCCUUCAGUCCAAAACUUUAAUAUUGUGGUUCCCAUUCAUGUUUGUAGCUGUGAUGUCCGUAUGCCUGCAUACUUGCAUACUGCAACAAAUCAGCCUUAGUUCUCUCAGACUAAAGAAAUGGGUAAAAAUAGACUCUAACAGUUUUUGUUGUGAUAUAAUUUAUCAGUGCCACUUUAUUAUUCUUUCAAUAUAUUAUGUGUCAAAUAUAUAUUUUUUGUUCAUCUUUGUUUUCUUAUUGCUCUCAAAGAGAGACGUUAUUUUGCACUAGUGGAAAUAUAUUUUCACCUUAUUUCAGUGGGAGCAUUCUGCUAUGGAGGUAGAGAAUAGUAUAGGCCAAAUGAAUGGGGAACAAAAAUGUUUAUAUCAGUAGUACAGGACGCUGAGUGUUUUGAUAAUGACGGUGCAGGUUAUGUUGGCUGUGUGUAUGCGAAUUUUACUGGGUGUGAAUGCAGUGAAGCAGUUGAUGAAGGGUCUCUGCAGAGAUCAACAGAAAUGAACAUUGCUAGUUUAAUAACCUUAAAAUGUAUAAAAUGGGCCAAAUGUCUCGGGAAGUGUUUGCUUUUGUCUGUCACGUUAGGCUUGGUGGAAGUGCUCGUAAUGGCAAUACGAUUGCUGUAAAAAUAUUGUGGUACAUAUAGAGUAAAUGUGACUUAAGUUAAAGGCUCAGUUCACCCAAAUUACAAAAACAAAAACAAAACAUUUUCUCACUUACAUCUAGUGGUAUUGAGCCAUGCAGACAGUUUUGGUUUAUUUCUCCAGGUUUUAAGAUAUAUAUGUCUGUAAGAUUUCUGCCUCUACCUCAGUACAAUAACGGGGGAUGGAAUUUUGUUUGUGGUGGUCAUAGUAGUGAAAACAGACAUGAAAAAUUCAACAGCAAGCUCUCAUUCCAAUUCCUGUUUCCUCUGGAUGCUCCACAGAACACACUGUCAACAGUUUUCACAAGGGCUAGAAAUUCCAGUGAAAACUAUAUUAUCACUUUUUCAAAAAAUCAAGUUCCAGCGAAUGAUAACUAACACGAAAAUCGUUCAAAUUAAUUUGAAUGCAGCACAUGUAUAAUCCCAAGCCACCUUGGAAAAUUGGCAUUCUGUUUAUUCAUGAUCACUUAAAUGACGAGCUAACAGGGAACUUUGGAUUUGUUGUUGUGGUAUUGUAAGGUAACUUAAACUAUAAAGUUAACUAUAAAGUUAACAGACUUACCUUUAUCCAUGAUUUUUCCAUCUAUGGUGUCAAAUCCAAAAUGCUUUUCCCGUCGUUCAACGGUUGUUUGAAUUUGGAAGUGACAGCCUUAACCCCAAUGACAGUCAUUUGAAAGGAUCAAAUGACAAUGUGUAAUGUGAAAGGGGUCACUCGUAGUGAUGAACCCAUAGAGAAUGACCUGACUCUGCAGAUUCCCUCAGCUCUACGGAACAAUUUAGCGUCUUCUUACUCCUUGUUAUGGUUUUAUGGCCCACAGCUUUACUGUUUUGCUUCACUCUCAAUGCUCUCAUCAGCCUAAUUUUUUAACACAGCAGGCAGCUGUUUUCAUCAAAAAAGCUCUAAAAACCCACUCUACACUACCUGCUCAGUACCAAACAGCAGACAGACAUAGUUAGCGACUAAUUGGUCAACAUAGUGGAGCAUUUUUUGCAUUUAAACCUUUCACACCAAGUCUGACGCGAAUAUUCGCGUUUCACAGAUAUUUCCCUACAGGAGUUGGUGGAGACCAAAAAGUAGAGUGAGUACUGGACCAGAAACACGACUCCAAAUGAGUGUUGCUCCGUGUCUGCUAGAUGUGUAAAUAAGCAACUGUUUGCUAACAUGUUUGCCAUAUUUACAUCUUGUUUCUACAGCCCCCAAGUGGUAAAAAAAUCAGUUAAUGCAGCUUUAAAUGUAAUUUUUCAAUGCUGUGAGCACCACUAACACCUUCCCCAUUGUAUAGGAGACAGCAAUCUUAGAGACUAAUAUGUACACCUGGACUCAUAAAACCAAAACUAUCUGCAUGGCUGCAUACCACUUGGGGUAAUAGUGAAGAUAUGUGAAGAUGUGUUUUUUUGGAGUUUGGGUGAAGUGACCCUUUAAAUAAGAAGCCUGGAUAGAUAGGUGAGUUAGUGACAGAAGGCCAGAGUUUGAUCCAGAUACUGGGACUCUAGAGACAGCCUUCUCCCAUCAUGUCGUCCUGUGGUUCGCAUCACGACCCGCCUGGGCCUGGGUUGCUUUUCAUUCGCCUCAUCCAGGCUCGGCAUCGUAUACAGUUGGACUGCUUUAAUCAAGCCAUAUUAAAAUUAAAUGUCUUGUUAUUGGAACCAUGUCAUAGCAUUACUGCUGGGGUAAUGUAAAUAUUGUAUGUAUGACAAAGUGUACCAUAAGGUAUGUAGAGCUGACUGACUGAUCAAACUACCUAUGGAUGUGUCAUAAACUGGAGUGACUGGAUGAUUUCAAUAAAGAAUAGCUGUGACAAUUUUAAA